GUUGGACCCUGGGGCUGGGAAGGAGCUUCAGAGAGAGCAGGUGCACGAGAGAUAACUUUGAAUGCAUUUAUUCUCUUGGUCUAUACAAGCAUUCCUCCACAUCAAAGUUCUACAUUAAGGUAACGACAAUCUUUGGCAUUAAUGCAAACCUCUCAUUAGAGUCCAACAUAAUUUUUUAUUCCUGUCCCUAGAGUGAUGAGUAGGUGAAUGGCAACCCGUUGUGGUCCUCCUCACCUCCCCACUCUGAGGCAAACCGAGGUAACCAGGCCUAUAUGCUCAGCUGUUCCCCCAACUCAGCCCAGCCAUCAGCACAUCUCUAUAUUUACCAGCUUCCUGAGUUACACAAGAUCAUCAAGGGGCGUUAACAAACCCCUGAACCUUGUUGAUGGUCCCCAGUCUAAGCUAAACCCUCGGUCCCCGUAAUAGUAAACAUACAAAGCACAUGGUGUAUGGCUAACCAGUGUGGGAACAAACAAGGAGAGGGUCAAAGGCACGGACGAAUCUAGUCUCCAAAACUAUUCUGGGAACCUGGACUGUAUGCAGCAACCUCGUGGCAGGCUCUUAACAUGACCACUCACUGAAGCUUUCUCUAUGUCUAUGUCUGUCUGUCAUUAUCUUUAUUUGCUAAGAGUUACAGGGAGAACUGUUUAGCCCGUGAAUGAGGCUGAACUGUAACUGAUUUUGACCGGAUCCUUUAGAACAGACAAGAAUGGCCUAUUCAUCCCUUGAGCACCUUCCAUUCAGAGACCAAGAACUCCCAGCCCAAAUGUUGUGCCAGCUGAACUGCCUAAGGCAUGAGCAGAUCUUCACCGACAUGCUCCUCUGCACUGAAGAUUUGGAGAUCCCAUGCCACAGGAACGUUCUGGUUUCUAGCAGUCCUUACUUCCAUGCCAUGUUCUGCAGCAAUUUCCGUGAGAGCAGCCAGACUAGAGUGGAUCUGAAAGGCAUCAGCUCUGAGAUCUUGAGUGGUAUUGUAGACUACAUCUAUACUGGAACCAUUACAAUAAGCAUGGAAAUAGUGCUGCCUCUGAUGCAAGCUGCAUCCAUGCUGCAGUACACAAGGCUUUUUGAGGCCUGCUCAGCCUUCUUGCAGAAGCAGCUGAACCCAGACAAUUGCUUGAGCAUGAUCCGCCUCUCAGAGAUCCUGCACUGUGAGAGCUUGAGAGAGCGGGCAAAGGAGAUGGCUGUGCGCUGUUUCUCAGACGUGGCUGCCUCAGAGGACUUUUGUGAACUCACGCUGCCUGAGCUAAUGUGUUACCUGGAGGAUGACAGGCUUUGUGCUGAGGAAGAACAGGUGUUCGAAACACUCUUGGCCUGGAUCCACCAUGAUCCUUUUUCUCGGCGUGGUGCCAUCCAUGAUCUCUUCAAGAAGGUACGCUUGCGGUAUAUCCAUCCUACAUACCUCUUCCAGUUCAUAGCCAAUGAUCCACUUGUCCAGUCCUCCACCCUUUGCACAGAGAUCAUUGAGUCAGUGCGGCGGCUGAUGUUUUCUGUUAGCGCCAAAUGCACACGUGAGCUAAAGCCUCUCUGGACCACACCGCGUCGUUACACCUGCCGGGAGACUUUAGUUGUUGUAGGGGGUCGCAAGAACAAUGAGCAGACAUCUCGAGAGGCGCUGCUCUAUGAUGAACGUACGCAGCGCUGGCAGUGGCUGGCCAAGUUGCCCUUGCGCUUGUACAAGGCCGCUUAUGUCUGCAUACAUAGUAUUCUGUAUGUUGUUGGAGGUCUCAGCCUCAGCUUGGCAUCGGGAGACAGCACAGUUAGUGCCACAGUCUAUACCCUCUCACUUAAGACCAACCAGUGGAGGACGGCCGAACCCAUGCUUGAACCGCGUUAUGCCCAUCAGAGUGUUUCUUACCUGCACUUCAUCUUCGUUCUUGGAGGCAUAGGGGCCGAUAAACAGAUCUCUAACACCGUGGAGCGCUACAACAGCAUGUUCAACCAGUGGGAACCUAUGUCCCCAAUGCCAAUAGCAGUGCUCCAUCCUGCAGUGGCUGCCAAUGACCAGAGAAUCUAUGUGUUCGGAGGGGAGGACUCCAUGCAGAAUCCAGUGAGAUUGAUACAGGUUUAUCACAUUUCACGCAACCAGUGGUUAAGAAUGGAAACCAGGACAGUAAAGAAUGUCUGUGCACCUGCCGCUGUCAUAGAAGACAAGAUUUACAUCAUUGGAGGGUACACAAGAAGGAUGAUUGCUUAUGACACCAAAGCCAACAAGUUUGUUAAAUGUGAGAACAUGAGGGAAAGGAGGAUGCAUCACUCAGCGACUGUGAUCAACAACAAGCUCUACGUGACAGGAGGGCGCUUCCUCAACAGCCAUGAUAUCAUUGAGGACUCUGAUUGCUUUGAGUGCUAUGACCCUAAAACCGAUGUCUGGACGUCUAAAGGGUCUUUACCAUACAAGCUAUUUGACCAUGGGUCUCUGGCCCUGGUCUGCGUCUCCAAUCGACCCAAUCCACCGUGACUGACGAAAUUGGAUCAAUCCAAUACUUGGGCAUCUGGUUGGCUUCAUGUACAGGACCACACGUGAGACUCUUGUCCAUCUGAGAAAGCUUAUGUUGCUUUGCAGAAUGUCUCAUUUGUGCCUCGGAUGGUAUGCAGUGUAUUCCGUCAAAGAAUAUUUAACCGGAUUUGUGGAGGUUUUUGCAGUGGAGCCCUGGGAGCGUGCUCAGGAGCCCAGAUCACAACAGCAGUUGUCUGCGCAACAUAUGUGACCCAACAUCACUCAUUCAAGAGCUUUCUAUCACCAUCUUACCAUCACAUAUUGGCUAGAAUCACUACAAUCAUUCUCAGUAUACUCAAGAUAAAUAUUUAGAAUCCACAAACACAGGACAUAUCCCUGUGGAAAACACAAUUAUCUUCGCACUUUGUAGUAUACUGUAAUGCCUAACAGUAGCCCAUUUAAAGUCACUUUAUGAAGACACAUUCCUUCAGAUCUAAAGGGGAAACCGUGAGCAGCUCAAUUACUAACACUUUGCUAAGUCCGAAAAAGAGAAACUGAGAAAAAGAGAAACUGCUGAUGUGCUGCACUUGCAUGUACUUUCAUGCCUUCAGUUGACUGCAAAACAUUUUGUUUACUUGAGAAGAAGGCCUUAUCUUCUGAGUUCAAAGUUGCUGCAAAAAAAAGUCAUAAAAAGCACUAGACCAUAGUUCUGUGAAGAUAUUUAUCGAUAUGACUUGAAUUAUUUUAUUUUUUUUUUUAGUGCUGCUUUUGAUGAGAAAUGUUUACUGCAUGUCCAGAAACCUGUGAGUGCAAAUAUCUGUAGAGUAGCAAUGAAGUAAGAAAUAGGUUUUUGAUUAACAAAAAGGUGAUUUAUUAUAUUACAUAUAUAGUGACUUAUACAAGUUCAACUUAACUCUGUUCUCUGUCUGUGUGGGGAUUUUAGACAAUACAAUAAUAUUCCUGAUUGUAAAGUAUAAUAUUACAGACUAAACAAGACAAAAUCCAAAAUCUACACAGUUGGUGUCAAGCUGAACCUCAGUGCUGACCUUAGCUCCAAGCAUUAUGGUAUUUUUCUCAUAUACACUUCAAGCUCAGAUAGUGCUUGUAUGCUUGUUGUAGUCAUGCAAACUCCUAUGCAAAUGUUUUGUAUUGCAAAUUUUCUAUCCGCUACUCUUUCAGAUGCAUGAAACCAAACUACUGUUGUGCCUCCUUACACUGCCACGAAUGUCAUUCCUGAUUUAAAUAAUCAUAUUAAUGGACUAAAGCAAUCUGAAUAAGUGCAGACAGUUUAGUAUUUACAGUUAUGCAAUUUUAACACAUCAGAGUGUUACUGUUCAUAACAUAUGCUGUAUUACAUUUCUCUUCAACACUUAAUGUGCUGGCUGACUCAUGUUUCCAGGCACUGAAAUGGAAUUAGACAUGACUAUGGAUGAAACUCAAGACAUGGAACACUUAAUGACAUGCCGCUGUGAAUACAUGCCAGCUGUCAGUAAAAAGGGUACUAAACUGUACAUUGUCUUUUCA